GCCGCGCCUGCGCAAGCCGGCUGUCAUGGCGGCCGCCUGAGUUCCGUGGUCAGGGGGUCGGUCGGGACUCCAGGCCCGGGCCGAGGCGGGUGUUCCUGUCUCAGGGAUAACGUGGGAUGCAGCCAUGGAUGAGGUCACCUUCAGAAGUGACACUGUGCUGUCAGAUGUCCACCUCUUCACCCCAAACCACAGACAUCUCAUGGUGCGGCUGAAUGGUGUGGGGCAGCCCGUUUUCCUGUCCCAGUUCAAGCUUCUAUGGAACCGAGACUCUUGGAGAGACUCAAGGACUGAGGACAGUGAUAGCAGAGACAUCCACACACAGGAUACCCCUCCUGCUGGGUCAGGCAGCCUGGGGUCCCCUCCUGGAAGUGAUCACAGUCAUGAGGGCUCGCCCCUCCAGGCUAGCCAGGAUGGGGUGGGCACUCAGCUGGACGAGGAUGGGGAUCUGGACGUGGUGAGACGACCAUGGGUCAGCUCUGAUCCUGAUCUGGCCAGGCCACCGAGAGACAAGGUACAUCCCAUGAUUCUAACACAGGAGGAAGACAUCAUCAUGGAAGAGCAAGCUCCAGAGAGCCAUCCUCAUAUUGUCAUCAAAAUAGAGCACACCAUGGCCACCCCUCUGGAGGAUGUUGGCAAGCAGGUGUGGCGUGGUGCCUUGCUCCUGGCAGACUACAUUCUGUUCCGACAGGACCUCUUCCAAGGACGCACCGUGCUAGAGCUAGGGGCAGGUACAGGGCUUGCCAGCAUUGUGGCAGCCACUGUGGCGCAGACCGUUUACUGCACAGAUGUCGGUGCAGACCUCUUGGCCAUGUGCCAGAGAAACAUUACCCUCAACAGCCACCUGGCUGCUGCUGGAGGUGGUGUAGUUAAGGUCAAAGAGCUGGACUGGCUGAAGGCUGAUCUCUGCACAGAUCCUGAGAUUCCCUUCAGCUGGUCACAAGAAGACAUUGCUGACCUGUACAACCACACCACCGUACUGUUUGCAGCUGAAGUGUUCUAUGAUGACGACCUAACGGACGCCCUGUUUAACACGCUGUCCCGACUUGCCCACAAACUGAAAAAUGCCUGUACAGCCAUCUUGUCAGUGGAGAAGAGACUCAACUUUACCCUGAGACACUUGGAUGUCACGUGCGAAGCCUAUGACCACUUCCGCUCCUCCCUGCAUGCACUGGAGAAGCUGGCUGACGGCAGGCUACGCUUCGUGGUGGAGCCCGUGGAGGCCUCCUUCCCACAGCUGCUCAUGUAUGAGCGCAUCCAGCAGCUGGAGCUUUGGAAGAUCGUUGCAGAACCCACACCCUGACGGGUCACCUCCACAAGGCGUGGCAGCUCGACUAUUCUGCUGAUAUCUUUCUAAUAAAAUCGAAGCUGGGCACCAAAGUUGGGCACUUGAAACAUUGUCACUUUAAAAUCAUGUGAGUGGACCUUAAGUAACCGGAGCUGGUGUUCUGGGGCUGUUGCUGCUGCCCUGCAGCAUGGCAGCAAUCGGAGCAGCACUGCUCAGGAUGGACGAGGGUCAGUGGCCCGUGUAUCUCACACUUGACAUGUGGGUCCCACUGCUUCCGGAGCCACUUGGUCAGGGCAAGCCAGUGCACUUUACCCAGUUCAUCUGAACAGCUACAGCAACU